AUGGAAGAACCAGCAGUCCAGUCCUUCGAUCCAUCACUGUCCAUAUCUAAAGCAGAGAUCCCUCCCACGUCCAUUGUAUCCGCUUCUCCACUUCCAGUCAUUGAAAAGGAAACGAAACCAGAGAUCCCAGUUAACGUUGCGCGUAUGGACCAAGAGAGUAUCGCGUCUGAUCAUGUUGUGGAACCGAGCGUAGAACCAGCAGCUGACCGAUUAUCAGAAGUGGAUCGGGAAAGCUUGGCUGCACACGACGAUCCCACGUCCCCCGUUCACACUUCCGACAGUAGCCAGAUCACUUAUCAGGAAGAACAAGACGAUGAGGAGAAUGACAAAAUGACUCAGCAGCAAAGUGAUGAUAAGACGGCCGCCAGCUCUAUCCAAUCGAGCCCACUGUUGGAAUUCGAUCGACGACGUAGCACAACGAGCGAUGAUCAAUUCCAACCGUUGAAAACUCGACUGCGACCAGCAACUCAGACCGAGCCGAUUUCUGAUACCCCGCUCAACCGGCAUGUUACCCUUAAACCUUCUGUGUCCGUUCGCCUUCAGACCCGCAUUAAAAAGUCUGGGCGUCGAUUAACAAAGCUUUUCAAAAAGUGA